UGGAACAAGACCAGUUUCUCCAAACAGGAUGCUGGCCUGGUAUGGCUGCUAGAACCUGAGAGGUCUGUUGCCAUGGAGCGUUGGAGUGGCACAAUGGCACAUCCGAACCACGCAGACAAGCGUGGCGCAACAUUGACGGCUUUUGUCCACUUUGCAUAUGUGUAUAGUCAUCGGACCCUUGUGUUCUCUGACCUUCAAACGUCGAGUGGCAGGCUUCAGAACGGAGGGAGAGGUGAUAUCCUCUUUGAUGUCAUGACACACACCGAGUCCGGCGACAGUGGUAUCGGAGACUAUGGAGAAACCGGCAUCAAGACAUUCCUGGCCGACCAUAUCUGCAAUGAUAUCUGCGUUGAGCUUGGUUUACGGGAUAUUUCUGAUCCGCUCGAGAAUAGGGACCGUAUCCGCGCUCGCCAUAACGAAGACAAGUACAACACGGAUUCCUCGGACGACAAAGAUGAUGAGGAGAAUGAUACUCGUGGAUCGGGCCUUGUUUCGUAUAUAUCAUCUCGGGAAGGGAAUGAUACCGACGAUCCGGAGGUGGCCUAG